AGAGCAGGAUAAACACAAACACAGCGCCACAUGGAAUUAUCCAGUUUACAAGAUUAAACCUGUCAUCACAUAUUACUGUCAGUUUCAACAUGUAAGGACGUUGACUCAACAAAUCACAAGUUAUAUCUGCUGCGUUUAAGUAAUUCAGGAACGUCUUCAGAAGCUAAAUUCAUUUCUCUACGAGAGAAACUACAACUCUCCAAACAGGUCGAACUGGUCCCAGUUAAACUCAUGUCCGACCAAAGCUCAGAUGAAGAUGUGGAUCCUGAGUCGGAUCAAACAGAGGAGCUCACUGGAACCCUCAGCAAGUGGACCAACUAUAUCCAUGGUUGGCAGAACCGCUGGGUUGUGCUGAAGAACAACACACUGAGCUACUAUAAGUCAGAGUAUGAACGCGAGUAUGGGUGCAGAGGAUCGCUGUGUCUCAGCAAAGCUAUCAUCAUGCCACAUGAGUUUGACGAGUGUCGCUUUGACAUCAGCAUUAAUGACAGCAUUUGGUACCUGAGGGCUGAACGUUCUGAACUCCGGCAAAAGUGGAUUGAUACCAUUGACCUCCACAGGGCUGAGUCAGGCUACGGUUCAGAGAGCAGUCUGAGACAUCAUGGCUCUUUGCUUUCUCUUACUUCUGCAACCAGCGGCCUCUCGACCACCUCCGCAUCUUCCUUUAAGAAAGGCCACAGUCUGCGGGAGAAGCUGGCUGAGAUGGAGACGUUCAGGGACAUUCUGUGCAGACAAGUGGAAACACUACAAAAGUAUUUUGACAACUGUGCAAAUGGCGAUUAUAAAGACGAGUUCCACAGAGACAAAGUAGUUGAGGAGGACGAGGAUGAUUUCCUCACUUCUCGACCGGAUGGAGACUACCUUCUUAACAACAGCAGCAGCAAAGAGAAGUUAUUUUCUAUGGACUCUUCUACAGGACCCAUUGGAAUUGACUUCAAAGGUGAAGCCAUCACAUUUAAAGCCACCACAGCAGGCAUCCUAUCCACACUUUCCCACUGCAUUGACAUCAUGGUAAAACGAGAGGAGACCUGGCAGAGGCGACUGGAGAAAGAAAUGGAGAGGAGAAGAAGGGUGGAAGAAUCGUAUAAGUCGGCCUUAACGGAGCUAAAGAAGAAGUCCCAUUAUGGAGGACCAGACUAUGAAGAGGGACCGAACAGUCUCAUCAAUGAGGAGGAAUUUUUUGAUGCUGUGGAGGCAGCUCUUGAUAAGCAGGACAAGCUCGAGGAGCAGUCUCAGUCUGAGAAGUGCCGGAGCCCUAGACUAAUCACGCUCAACUCUACUAUUAAUGCUCACAGAUUCUCUGCCAAGCCUCACAGCCAUACUUCUUCCUUUUCCUCUCUCGACUUGGUCAGCGCCUCUGAUGAUGUGCACAGACUCAGUGCUCAGGUGGACGAAAUGGUCAACAGCCACAUGACCCACUCUUUACAGGAUGUAGGAGGAGAUGCUAACUGGCAGCUUGUCACUGAGGAUGGUGAGCUGAAGGUGUACAGGAGAGAGGUGGAGGAGAACGGUGUUGUACUGGACCCUCUCAAAGCCACACAUACUGUUAAAGGGGUUACAGGUCACGAGAUCUGUCAUUACUUUUGGGACAUAGCCUAUCGAAAUGACUGGGAGACAACUGUUGAAAACUUCAAUGUGGUGGAGACACUGUCAGACACGGCAUUGAUUAUUUAUCAGACUCACAAGAGGGUGUGGCCUGCUUCACAACGGGACAUUGUUUAUCUGUCAGCCAUCCGCAAAGUCCUCUCCACCAAUGAGAAUGAGCCUGAUACAUGGCUGGUUUGCAACUUCUCUGUAGAUCAUGACAGAAAUCCACCCUCAAGCAGGUGUAUCCGUGCCAAAAUUAACGUUGCCAUGAUCUGUCAGACACUAGUCAGUCCACCAGAGGGAGACAAAGAGAUCAGCAGAGAUAAUAUCAUCUGUAAAAUAACUUAUGUAGCUAAUGUGAAUCCAGGCGGAUGGGCGCCAGCGUCAGUCCUGCGUGCAGUGGCCAAACGGGAGUAUCCUAAAUUCUUAAAGCGCUUUACGUCGUAUGUUCAAGAUAAGACCAGCGAUAAGGAAAUUCUUUUUUGAAAAAGGUUGUCUUCAUCUUGGUUUCCACCAGCUCAUGAAGAAGAUGCCUUAUCCAUCCUCACAGCUCUUAAAUUACUAUAGUAAGGUGACGUGCUCAAGAAACCGGUAUUAACCAGAAGUUUUUAGAUGUAAUACCAUGUUCUGAUUAGUUAUAUAAAUAGUGUCAUACAGAGAGAUUAACGCACAGGUAAUAAAUAAACUUGCCUUAAUGACUCUGUGGCUACAGUCACUGCAGUCCGUGUCCAUGUUAUGUUGAUGGACAUGUACUCUCUGGUUUGGAUUUUAUAACAGUUAAAGUGUUUACUAAUGGUUUUGUAAAUAUCUUUAUUCUUUUUAUUUGCACAUAAUUGAACUAAUGUCUGAAAACAAAAACACUAUAAACUUGAAUUUAUUUAAUGAAUAGCCUUCUGAGUUAUAGCUUAGGUGUUUUACAUGGCCUUGAGUUUACCUUUUAAGGUAAAUAGUUUAAAUCUGCAGAGAAGUGUUGUGAUAUUGUAUAGAUCUGGUUUAACUUUUAAAUCACAUUGCCAAAAGUAUUGGGUACCUCCAAACAAUAAUCAUAUGUAAUCUGAAAACAAUGAAGAAACCGGUUAGCCAUGAGAUAGAAGCUGCUUAAACACAAGUCAAAUGACCUUUACAUCAUGUGUACACAUUUAGCACAGCACCAAUUUGGCAGUGUUGGGACUCGAACCUUUUGAUCAGUCUAGUAUCUAGCCUACUGAGCCUUUGGCAAUGUAUGGCAUGCUUAACUGUGACUCAUAUUUCAGAAAUUCACAGCAGACUGUUUUUAGAUUACAUCUGACCUACUAAAAGUUUUCUAACCUUGGCAAAUAGAUAACAUGUGCAGUCAGUCUAGCCCGAUUUAUGUGGGCAGAAAGAAGACACUAACCAUAAUCACUACAGAGGAAUGAAACUUUUGUCUUUAGCUGAAUCUGGUUGAAAACACUUGAUUCUUAUUACUAUAGUAUGGAAUGUUUUCCUCCUUUGCGCCAAAUGUGACCCUGAUCGAAAUGAAGUUACAAAAGAUUAAUAAAUAAAUUAAAUUAACUAUAUUAUUAAAUUAAUGAAUUAUAUUGGCUGUGAUAUUUUGAAUAAUUUGGCAGUAGAAUCCUGUGGAAAGUCUCAGAUAUUGUAAAGUAUCAGGAAUCAGCCACCACUCCACACCACUGAUACUGAAAUAAGACUUGGACUGGUAUAUCAGAAGUUUGUGUUCACUAAACCUUACUAUAUUGUUUAAUAUUGUUUAACUGCACUGAAGUGUGUUAAAAAAUUGCACUAAGUACAUAAGAAUUGCUUUAUCAGUUUACAUUGUUCCUAAAUGUGGUGUGUAUGACUACCUGUAAUAAAGACUAUAUUAAUUAUACCUGUACCUUGUAACCCUAAGCUUUUCAGAUGCAGUUUUGUAAAUACAGUAGUUAUUUUUUACUUUUUGUUCUUUAUUGUAUAUAUCACCCUAAAAAUAAACUUUUUCAACAGCUA